AGCGAUGCUGAGCCCGGGCCAUUGAGAGAUCAGUCUCCGAUCCAGACGCACCAUCACUGGCUCAGCAUUACACUCAUGGUUUACCUUGAUCAGCUUACCUGGGACUGUUUUCUUUACUUGAUUCUUGUUUGUGUACGGAACUAGAGCAACAAGUAAAGCACGGCCGAAUAUCAGAAGCCUAACCCGUGAACGUGUAGACAGUUCCAGCUCAACUCCACUUGUUGAUGUUGAGGCAUUUCGUGCGUAAUUUGGUUCAAACGAAUGCUCUACGGAAAAAAGAAAGUUUAAAGUGGUUGUGUUUGGCUGGCAGGUGGUGAUGUCUGAUGAGUAGGCAGUUGUUUUUUCGGCUCGUAUUACACGCUCACACGCGAGGCUGCCGCAGGUGGAGAGAGCCGUGAGCGCGCAAGAGGAGACGGAGGAAGCGGUAUGGGUAGCCAGAUGGACAAGUUGUCUCAUUUAAGUUACGCUGAAGUUCCGACGGUGGACCCAAACGGCGUGGACACAGAGGACGGACCGCGCAUUGGUGUUUCGUACAUAUUUUCCAACGAUGACGACGAGCUGGAGGAAGGCAGCGCGGUGGACGGCUCGCACACGGACCCAAACCAGGAAGAGAAGCACUUCAACCCGGGGGACGAAGUGGAGUGCGCCGUGUACAACCGGGGUGAGUGCAUCUACGAGAAGAGCACCAAAUCCACCAGCCUGAACGUGUACUCCCCGGAGAACCUGCUAAAUAAAUGCAAAGCGGGAGACUUGGUGGAAUUUGUAGCCACGGGGCAGUACCCGCACUGGGCCGUGUACGUGGGGGACUUUCAGGUGGUGCACUUACACAGAGCGGAGGUCAAAAACAGCUUUCUGACUGAUGCGAGCCAAGGGAGACGGUGCAGGAUUGUGAACGACUUUUAUAAAUUGAAACCUCUCGGAGCGGAUAUGGUGGUGCAAAACGCCAUGGAGCAGGUGGGACUCAAGGACCGAGAAUUGAGUUGGAGGAAUUCUGAGUGUUUUGCGGCAUGGUGCAGAUUUGGAAAGAGGGAGUUUAAAAUGGGAGGAGAGAUACGCAUAGGCAAACAACCAUACAGGUUAAAAAUAUUUGUAUCGGACAAGCGCUCGCACGUGUUGGAGUUUCAGAGUCUCGAGGACAUGGUUAUGGAGAAGCGCAGGAACGACCAUCUGGGCAGGACAGCCGUGUUACAGGAGCUGGCGGGGCACCUGAGCAGCGUGGAGGAGGUGGAGAGGGAGCCCGCUAAUGACAACCACUGACCCAGAGCCAAAAGAGCGCAUUUACCACCUGCUUUUUAAUCUGUAGCAAACUGCCAUUGUCCAGAAUGUUGUUUUCAUAUGAAUGUCAGGUUAUUGCCUUAAAGUACCAUCAUAGCAGUGGUUCUCAAGCUGCAAAAAUAACCACCUAUUUUGUUAUCUAUUUCCAAGUAGUUUAUUACAUUGUCAACACAACUAGAUACAAUACUGGCAUUACUGCCCUCAAACUUAAUAAGGAUUUGACUCUACUAAAUGAAUGGUUAGAUAGCAGGAUCAGAAGUGUACUGGACUGAGGUGAAUGGUUGCUAUGGGUGAUGUGAUAACCAUAAUUUUCCUAGUUGUUUAGAUUUCCAAGUAGUUUAUUACACUCUAAAGAGGUCAGCGCAAACAGAUACGUUUAAAAGUGGCAUUGCUGCACCAAAACUUGGCAUAUUUUUAUGAAGCUAUUAAACUAUUAAACCAUUGCAAAACCAGAAUGUAAUCAAGGUACAGGAGUGGGCUUCACUUCAAAACUGGAACAGGAAAUGAAACAGAAAAUUGCUCUAAAUCAAACAAUGAACCUUAAGAAACCCUGACUGGUACCAUUUGAGAACCAAUGCUCUCAUGUCAAUGGCCUUACUCACAUGGAAGCGGAGCGAUAAUUAAACCAUUGAACUAAUUACU